AUGGGGUGGAAGCCGGCGCAAACGGCGAUCCGUGCAUGGAAAAUACUGCGCGGCGACAAGGUGAUGGUGAUGGCGGGCAAGGACCGCGGGCAGACGGGCACGGUGACGGCCGUGCUCAAGGACAAGAACCGCGUCGUGGUGGAGGGGCUCAACCUGGCAAAGAAGCAUGUGAAGAAGGCAGCGGACUCGCCCGGGGGAGUGAUCACAGUGGAGGCGCCCAUCCACCUCUCCAACCUCUCGCUGCUCGACCCGGAGACUGGUGCGCCGUGCCGGGUGGCGAUCCGGUACACGGAGGAGGGAGCCAAGGUGAGGGUGGCAGCCGGCAGGAGUGCUUCAGGGGCCGUCAUCCCACGCCCUGAAAUCCUCAAGAACCGCCGCACACCGCUCCCCACCGAAGCCGGCCCGCGGGACACAAGUCCCGAGGCAGCGCACGCAGUGACGUACGACUACCAGUCGGGGGAGGGCGGGCUUCCCCCUUUGGUGUGGCGCAACGAGCGGUGGGAGGUGGACACGGCUAAGUGGCACGCCAGGAUCGCUGCCGCUGCCAAGAUGAGGGGGUCUGCUGGAAUAAGGGGUGCUGCUGCCAAGGCUGUGGGCGGGGCAGGGCACAUUUCUAAGGGGGUUGAGAGUCACAAGAUUGCUGCUGCCGCCAAGAUGCGAGGGUCGGGUGGGACGCAGGUUCUGCUGGCGAAGCUGUGGCGGGGCAAGGCAUGGUUCCAUGGCUCAGGAGGGGGAGACUCAGGCCAAGGGCAAAACGACCGGUGGGAGGUGGACAGUGAAGGGUGUGUACUGGGAUAA